UUUUUAUAGCAUAGUAAUCUAUCAGUGGCGCUGCAGUGUUAUAACUUGUGUAUAGGACAUGUAAUUCCGUUAAUCAUUAGUAUAGUUUGUUUCUUGUAUUUAAAGUUGAAUUAGAAUAAUCGUUAUCGAUGCUUCAAUUUGAUAAGCGAAGAAGAAUGUUCUGAGCUGUGUGUUUUGCGAGAAAUACACUUUCAACACUGUACAACGCACUCUAAAAAGAUUUCCAAUGCAACAUUGAACAUGUAUAGUAUACUAUGUAACAAUUAUUCAUUUUUCAAUUGCAAUGUUAGUAGUUGCCGUUAUCUCGAUUUCUAAAAAUAUAUCUUCAAUGAAAUUUUAAAUAAUUCGAUAUACUGAAAUUUAUAUAAGAAAAAGAUGGUACGAAUAAAAUGGUCUUUAACCAAAGCACCUAAUAUUCUUAAACUUAACUUAAAACAAAAAUGGUGGCGUUUUCAAAUUAUUAUAAAAUCUUUAUUCUAUAAUGAAUUUUUAAAUUGGAGUUAUGUUUGUGACAUACUUCUAGAACCAAUGUUCUGGUUUGUAGAAAAUUUUACUGCUUGUCUAGGACCGGUAUUUGUAGUAAUGGUAAGCCUUUUAACUGCAAGUAUCGUGUACAUUGCAUAUUACAUUGGUCUACCAUAUUGGUGGGAAAAGAGUCCAUUGAUAACAAUAAUCCUCUUAGUUAUUGGAAAUUGGUUAUUAGUAAAUGUAUGUUUUCAUUAUUAUAUGGGAGUAAACGUCCCAGCUGGUUAUCCACCGGAAGGUGGUCUUAUACCAGAGGCUGUGAGUAUUUGUAAGAAAUGUAUUAAACCAAAACCACCCAGAACACAUCAUUGCUCUGUAUGCAACAAAUGUAUUCUUAAGAUGGAUCAUCACUGCCCAUGGUUAAACAAUUGUGUCGGUCAUCAUAAUCAUAGAUACUUUUUUCAAUAUAUGGUUUUUACAGUACUUGGUAUUUUAUUCAUAAUGUUAUUUGGUGUAGAAAUAGCAUAUCAAGAAUUCUUUCCAGCACAAGAACCAGAAUUAGAUGGUCAUCCAGUACGCAUUAAUAAUUCUGAGAUAAUUCCUGUGUCUGAAUCACUAGAUCACCUAAGUGAAGAGGAAUUAGCUGAAAUAGCUAAACAAGCUGCAGAUACAAGCAUUAAAGAAUGGAACCGUCGACUCAUAGUUUUUGCAGCGCUAAUUUGCGUGGCUACUUUUGCAGCAUUAGGAGCUUUAACAUGGUGGCACGCAAAUCUCAUUACUAGAGGAGAAACAAGUAUAGAAGCACGUAUAAAUAGCACAGAAACACAAAAAUAUAAAGCACUUGGUAAAAUAUAUCAAAAUCCAUAUAAUUUUGGACCAAGACAAAAUUGGAAGCUGUUUCUAGGUCUAAUUGGGAGAAGUUGGUGGCAUAUACUUUUUCCAUCUAAUCAUGGACCAUAUGGAGAUGGUCUCACAUGGAAGACCAUUCACGAUACAAAGAUAUCUUGAGUAUAAUUUUCAUGCCUAAUACCGGCAGAAGUUACACUUAUUAUUUACAGUCACCCUGAAGUCAUUCUUACAGAUUAAAAGAUUUUCUAGUCAAUCUAUAUUACAACUAUAUAGUACUAUGUGCACAUGUUUCAAACAAUAUUAGUAUAAUCUGAAAAUAUUAAUGUCAUCAUAAAAAUAACACUCACUUUGUACAUUAAUAAGAUUAUUUGAUAUGUACAUACAUUGAUAGAUAACACUUUACUACACUUUUAAACAUUAUUAUCAAAUGUAUUUUUAACUUUUAAUCUUUAAAUCAGUCGAAAUGUUGCUGGGAAAAUAAACAAUUUUUUAUCUUUGCAAA